AUGUUCUUUGAAAAAGCCCUAAGUGAAGCUCUCCUAAUCCUACUCAUCGCCAUCGGCCUGAUCGUCGCUUCAACCUCCCCCUCAUCAUUUCCCUCCCUACCCGGCUCUUCAUCCGAUCGCCAGCACUCCACUACAGAUCCAUCAGGCUCAACGCGAAGGCCUGAAGAUGACCGGCCAAGGUCGGGUGAUGAUGGAGGUAGACCUGGAAGGAGGGAGGAUGAUGCUAGAGGCCCGGGGGGGAGUGGUACAAGAGGUGGGGAAGAGCCGGGGGACCCUCGAAGAGAGGCGAAGAAAGACCCCAGGAAGCAUAAGAAGGACAGUGCACGCGAUACGGGCAGGGGCGAGAGUACCUCCGGGGGUAGCGAGGAUGGGCAAAGGGAGGAUGGCAACGACCAACGCGGGUCAGGUGAAAGAGAUCCCAAGAAGAAAGACAGAAAAGACAGAGACAGGGGAGACGAACGGAAGAAAGACAGAAAAGACAGAGACAGGGGAGACGAACGGAAGAAAGACGGACACACUCCUGCCGAGUCUGAUACAGACUCCUCUGCGUCUUCAUCGCCUCCUUCACCUUCCACCUCAGAUAGCUCAGAUCCGAGUACCCCCACGACUGCCAAAACAGACGCAUCCACAUCAACAGAUGACAGAGCUCCGGUAUCUGCUGGUUCUCAAACCGACUCGGACUCCUCUUCUGAUACUGAUUCAGACACUUCCUCUGACUCCUCAACGGACUCUACCUCUGACUCGGACAUCGUGCCGGACUCUCCCGCUUCUCCAAUGCACAACGAGAACAGCAGCGACAGCGAUGGUGGGAACGAAGGCCGUAGAGAAGGAGGGACUAGGAAUGAUGGUGCGAGCGACAGCGAUAGCGAGAGUGGGAGUGAAGACAGCGAGACUGGAGGCGGGGGCGACAGUGGUGGCCAGAGAGGAUACAGAGGGCACAGGACGGAUCUUGACGUGCAGCUGGAUCCGUACACUCGAGUGAAGGUGAAGGGCGGUGAUAAACCCUACAGAAUUAGAUAUCAUCCUUGA